UAAAAAAAUGAAAGAAAAAUAUUGAUUUUGAAAAUGAAAAAACGAAGGAACGGUGGAUGUAGGGUCGAUCGAUAGGCGGCGCUGUCAUCGCCGGAAGUAGCGGUCCGCUAACUGAUCAAAGAGAGCGAAUAUGAAAACGUUCAAUUGUCUAUUCCAAGGAAUCGGCGUACGUUCGAAUAUCGACGCUCGAAGAUGUGGAACGAUGAUCUAAUUAACGCGGAAGAUUAAUCGAUGGUGGAACAUUGGUCCACGAGGCGAUCGAGCAGGUCCUCCUUCUCCACGCGCAAUCGCCAAUACGGGAAAAGCUACCGGCGCUACAAGCUAUGCUCUCGUGGCAUGGUGGUGGGGGUAACCGUAGGGAGCUUCCGUUUAUCUGCGAGGUCAGAGAAGGCUGGCUGCAUUCGGUGGUGCUGGUGAAAAACACGAUGAAAAUGGCGUGGCAACCGCAAGAAGAAGGACUACGACAAAUCCUUACGCUUCUUAAGGAAUCACAGAGCCCGGAUACGGCAACACAGAGAGCUGUACAGCAAAAACUGGAAGAGUUAAACAAAUUUCCAGAUUUUAACAACUAUCUAAUUUUCAUCUUAACCAAACUUACAUCCGAAGAUGAACCAACGAGAUCUCUGAGUGGAUUAAUAUUGAAAAAUAAUGUAAAGGCACAUUUUCAUAAAUUUUUACCAGAAGUUACAAAUUUUAUAAAGCAAGAAUGUUUAUCUGCUAUUGGAGAUCCUUCGGCUUUAAUUCGUGCUACUGUUGGUAUUUUAAUAACUACUGUUGCAUCCAAAGGUGAAUUAACAACUUGGCCAGAAUUAUUACCUGCUCUUUGUCAAAUGUUGGAUUCGCAAGAUUAUAAUGUUUGUGAAGGAGCAUUCGGUGCUCUUCAGAAGAUUUGUGAAGACUCCGCAGAGAUAUUAGAUUCUGAUGCACUUAAUCGGCCUUUGAAUGUUUUGAUUCCAAAAUUCUUGCAGUUUUUCAGACAUACAAGUCCAAAAAUUAGAUCACACGCAAUCGCUUGCGUUAAUCAAUUCAUUAUCACUCGUACGCAGGUGCUUAUGAUUCAUAUAGAUAGUUUUCUGGAAAAUCUCUUCCAUUUAGCUACUGAUGAUGAUCCCGAUGUCAGAAAAAAUGUGUGCAGGGCUCUAGUGAUGUUACUUGAAGUUCGAAUGGAUAGAUUGAUCCCAAAUAUGCAUAACAUAAUAGAGUAUAUGCUAAUGAGAACUCAAGAUCAAGAUGAGGGAGUUGCUUUAGAAGCUUGCGAAUUUUGGCUCUCUUUAGCAGAACAACAAAUUUGUAAAGAAGCUCUUGCGCCACAUUUGACUCGAUUAGUACCUAUUUUGGUACGAGGCAUGAAAUACUCCGAAAUUGAUAUAAUACUUCUCAAAGGAGAUGUAGAAGAAGAUGAAAUGAUCCCAGACAGAGAGGAAGACAUACGACCAAGGUUUCAUAAAUCAAAAACACACCAUUCGCAUCAUGCCAACAUGAAUAAACAUACGGAUGAAAAUGGUGGAGGAGAUGAUGAAGAUUUAGAUGCUGAAGAUGGAUCUGAUGACGAUUCAACGCUUAGUGAUUGGAAUUUACGAAAAUGCUCGGCAGCCGCUUUAGAUAUGUUAGCAAAUGUAUUUAGAGAAGAACUGUUGCCAGUUUUAGUACCCAUUUUAAAAGAAACUCUCUUUCAUCAAGAUUGGGAAAUCAAAGAAUCUGGUAUAUUGGCUCUUGGAGCUAUUGCUGAAGGAUGUAUGAGCGGAAUGAUUCCACAUUUAUCAGAGCUAAUACCUUAUUUAAUUAGCUGUCUCAGUGAUAAAAAAGCUCUCGUACGUGCUAUUACUUGCUGGACUUUAAGUCGUUAUGCUCAUUGGGUUUGUGCACAGCCACAUGAUACACACUUAAAACCUUUAAUGACAGAGCUUCUCAAAAGGGUACUAGAUGGUAACAAACGUGUACAAGAAGCAGCGUGUUCUGCAUUUGCGACAUUGGAAGAAGAAGCAUGUACAGAAUUAGUCCCUUAUCUUGGAUUUAUUCUUGAGACACUUGUUUUUGCUUUUGGUAAAUAUCAACAUAAAAAUCUUUUAAUUUUAUACGACGCAAUCGGUACGUUAGCCGAUUCAGUGGGCCAUCAUCUAAAUAAACCAGACUAUAUCAAUCUUCUUAUGCCACCCUUAAUCAACAAAUGGAAUGUUUUAAAGGAUGAAGAUAAAGAUCUUUUUCCAUUAUUGGAAUGUCUUUCAUCAGUUGCAACUGCAUUACGAUCUGGAUUUUUACCAUACUGUGAACCUGUGUAUAGGCGAUGUGUAUCGUUAGUAGAGCAAACAUUAAAUCAACAUAUAGCAAACACACAAAGUCCAGAACAGUUUGAAGCACCCGAUAAAGAUUUCAUGAUAGUAGCAUUGGAUCUUCUUAGUGGUUUAGCAGAAGGCUUGGAUGGACACAUGGAACGUUUAGUAAUGAACAGUAACGUAAUGCAAUUAUUGUAUCAAUGUAUGCAAGAUGGAAUGCCAGAAGUUAGGCAAAGCAGCUUUGCUUUAUUAGGAGACCUUACAAAAGCAUGUUUUCAACAUGUGCUACCUUGUAUACCCGACUUUAUGCCAAUACUUGGACAAAACUUAAAUCCCGAAUUUAUAUCAGUGUGUAAUAAUGCGACGUGGGCUAUUGGAGAAAUUUCUAUAAAGCUUGGACCUGACACAAGUGCAUAUAUUCCAUUAAUAUUAACUCAACUUAUCGAAAUAAUCAACCGACCAAAUACGCCAAAAACGCUGUUGGAAAAUACCGCCAUAACGAUCGGUCGCCUAGGUUAUGUGUGUCCCCACGACGUCGCCCCCAUGUUACAGCAGUUUGUCCGACAGUGGUGUACAUCUUUGCGGACUAUAAGAGAUAACGAAGAAAAGGAUUCUGCAUUCAGAGGUAUGUGCCAAAUGGUCACAGUGAAUCCAGGUGGUGUUGUCAAUGACUUCAUGUAUUUUUGCGAUGCUAUUGCUUCGUGGGCUACACCAAGGGACGAUUUAAAGGAUAUGUUUCAAAAAAUUUUACAUGGAUUUAAGAAUCAAGUCGGUCCAGAAAAUUGGAAACGGUUUUCAGAUCAAUUUCCGUUGCCGCUUAGCGAGCGGCUUCACAAUAUGUACGGCGUUUGAGCAAACCCGCCUAAAUGCGAAGGCCGCUUUAAGGGGCAGGCCGAAUGGGGUUGGGCGGGCUAUAAAACCGUGGGUGGACAGGGUGGGUGGGUGAAACCACGGCCUCUUCUCAUCAACAUCGUUGUCGUUAGUGUGUGUCUUGGUCAUCGAAGGAAUAUCAGGGGAAAUAAAAAGUACGUCAUUAACUGCACUACCGAGAAUGCAGUGACAUAAAGAGAAAAGCGACAUAACGAAUGAAUAAGGAAAUACGAACGACAAAUAAAUCAGUGGGCCGAAAAGAAUAAGUGGGUGGGAGGGUGGGUGGGUAAUAUAGGGUGGGAGGGAGGAAUUUGUGGUGGUCAUCAGCCACUUUUAACGCGAAUGUAUCGUACGCAAUGCCCGCAACGUACUGCAUUCAGUGAUACCUUAUUGUAGCAACAUGCUGUACAUGCUGUACACUUCGUUUCUAUUAGCGCUAUAACACUCUCAAGUGUUUAACUCUCGCGUAUCGAAACGAGACAAGUGCUGGCAAUCCAACUAGCCCAGCUAUACUAAUUCCAACUUCGAUUAGUUGGCUAGUAAAAGCGUAGAUCUCACGUUAUAGAGCAUGCUAAACUACUGUGAUCGAAAAUUUAUAUGUUAGGGAAUUAAUUUUUUUGAGAGAGGUGCAUAUCUGUAUUCGAUGAGUUUAUAGAGCCUUAGACAAAGUAGAAUACUUAUUUGAUAAAGCUACAAAUAGAGUACGUUGUAGAAAUUUCAUAGUGUACAGAAGGUUUUCAAGAGUAUGUAUUUUUAUACGUUAAAAGUCGAUAUAUAUGCAGAAAGUGCCAUUCCGUUCGUUCUGAACCAAAAUUUUUCUGCUUACUUUAAUCCUCUCUUCGAUAAUUGUGAUAUUAGGUUAUGUAACUACACUUUCUCAUCAUGAUAGAAGUAUGUUGAAAAAUACAUAUGUAUAUAUACUUUAUAUAUGUAUGUAAAUAAUACUACAUGAUGUUUUUUAACCUACAGACCAUUUUGUGAUUUUUUUUUCUUUUUUUUGUGUUUUUUUUUUUUUUUUUGUUAAAGAUAUUAAAUUAGGAUCAUGUUAGCAUUAGUGUAAAUAGAUAAUGCAUUUUAGAAUCAAUGUUUUUGUUAUCGCUAUAAGUCAUUCUCAAAUCUUUUCUUAUAUCAAUCUCAAGUUAAUGUUAUUUGAUUGCAAAAGGCAUUGGUAUGAUUUACAGAAAUGGUUCACAGAGUUUUGAAUCUAUGACGUGAUAUCUAUCGCAAUACUAAUUUUAUGUGCUCAAUUAUGAUCUCUCCAGUUAAUUUUGAAAUUUUCGUAUAUGAAAUCUUUUUAAACUCGAGCGCAGACUGUCAUUCCAGUCCGUUUUUGGGCCAGUUCAAAAAGCGAGCACUUUUACUGUACAAGAUGCGCUUAUCUCUCACCAUCGACGUUCAAAAUUUCUAGGAAACCAAAUUUGUGACAAAUACUGUACCAAUGACAACUUAAUAUAUCUAUAUAUCAGAAUAUGUAAUUGUGCUGCAAAGGCAUACGAAAAAAGAAACAAACAAACAAACAAAAAUGAUUUCUAGAACUUUUACUACAAAUAUUUUUUUUUUUAUUUUCUCUCUCUCUCUCUCUCUCUCUCUCUCUCUCUCUCUCUUUCUCUCUCUUUCUCUCUCUAAUCUAUCAAAAGUAAGCAAAAGUUAAAUGUGUAAAGGAGGGGGGGGGGGAUAAUAUGAAAAAUAAGCUGAUCAUCGUCAAGUCACUGUUGUCAAUCAAAUUUUGAAGUUUAUUAAUAAGAAAAAAAGAAGAUGGGGAGAAAGGGAACUGGCAGGAAUAACUCGCGUGAGCGACCGAGACGUUAAAAGACGUGUAAUAUUUUUGGUAUGGUAAACGCCAGAGAGAGAAUAAGCAUUAUUUUUGAGAGAGGAUUUUAAUACUCGAGCCAUUAGUAUUCUUCGCUCGUCGAUUAAUAGGAAACCCUAAUUGAAGAAAUUUUACAAAGAUAAUAUUGCGCCGAGAUAUGUAGCUCUGUUGUAGAGUCCUGCACCUCUGAAAAAAAAAAUUAAUAUAAUAAUUCUUUUAUUAUCCUUUUUAUACAUUUCGACAGAUGCAAGAUAAAAAAUCUUAUACAUACAUACAUACACACACAUAUAUAUAUUAUAUAUAUAUUAUAUAUAUAUGUAUAUAUAUUAUAUAUAUAUAUUAUACAUAUAUGCAGUCUUUUUUCGUCCGUGCAAGAGAAAGAACCCAAGGUAGAGAAUGUGUUGUACGGUCGUGACCGCUCCUUGACUUAAUCCAUGCUUAUCAAUCGGCAAUUAAUUAUUGCCAUAUUCUUACCCCAAUUUGGUCCUUUCCUUGCCCUGCCUGCGCCAUUUUUGUGAUAUUAAUAUUUUUUAUAUUACUUAUAUAUAUAAGGACUUGGGAUAAAGCAACCAAGCCACAUGUUACUGCUCGACGGGGAGUCUGCUAAUUAAUAACUAGAGUUCUUUUGAGAAGGAAAAGAUAUCUUUUCAUUUUCAAGAUAUACAUGUACACACUGAGAUACACACUUAACAUAAAACGCAAUUAAUAUUUCAAACGGUAUUAUCCCGUCAGAAUCGUUUAUAGCAAAUCGUUAUAUAAAAAAUUUGAUUAGAAUUAAAAUUGUUUAAGAGAUUCAACAUGAACGAUGAGAAAAAAAGAAAAAAAGGAAAAAAAAAGAGGAAAAUGUCACAAUAGAUAUAAUAAUUAAUAUUAUUAUAAUUAAUCAAGUAAAAUUCGUGUGCGUAAUCAUUCUAAUAAUUCUUUAAAUCGUAUCUCGGAUAUCUCGACGAUAAUAUAUACAAUGUUUUUCCUGAAUUUCUAUUAAUCUCAAAUGCUUAAAUAUUUUUAUACAAUUCUAGUAGUAUAAAAGCGAUAACUUAUUCAUAUUUGCUUGUCGCAAUAGUAGAAAGACAAAAAAGAAGAAAAAAGAGAAAAAAUUGAAAAUCAAUUCAAUUUUAUCCGUACACAAUCGAUGAUAUAGAAAAAUUUGUAAUAUUUAGUAGACACGUGUCAAAAGUUACAUCUUGUCACGUUAGAAUAAUUUAAAAAGUUUGUGUACGAAUUGUUAUGUGUAGUGGCCCUGUCGAGAUAUGUAUAUCAUGCGGCUUUUGAUCGCUUAUCAUGCUCGAUACUGUCACACAGAGAAGAUUCUAACAAGAAGGUGAAACAAAUCUAUAAAUGAACAUGAAAAGUAUCGUGAGAAAAAAAAUUGUCUAUUUAUACAUAAUCUUAAAUAUUGUAAUGAGAAAGUGAAACAAAGUUGAUUGAUAUUUAAAAUUUCCAGUUUUUUCUAUUGCAAAGAAUAGAGCGUAAUAACGGUUGUGUGUAUGGGGAUAUAUAUGGGAUGAUUGCAGAAAAACGAAAAAAGGAACAACAAAAAAAAAAAAGAGUAAUAAGUAAAUAAUUAAAUGACGAAUACAAGUAAAUACAUUGUUGUAUCUUUAUUGUUGUUAUUGCAUGAGACUAGUGUAAUAGACUGAGCCAUACGCAUGGUUAAAUAACUAUUAACACAUAAUAUUUCUUAAUUAAUCCUAUAUUAUUGUGUAAUUAUUACAUAAUGUAUAUUAUAUUUAAUCGUAAUGUUUCGUGCGGGCAGUGUUUGGAGCGGGUUCCUGUCCUUUGGGAUUAAGUUUUUUAGUAUACUAAUUUUUCACUUUUUUGUCCAAACGUUUCUUGUCUUCAUUUGGACAUCAAAGAUGAUUCAAACGAACAGUACGUUCAAAAGUGUACGUUCGUGUUUAUUAGAUUUUUCAAAAUAGAUAAAAUAUGUACAAAAAAAGAGAUCACACGAAAUGCGUUUUUAUUAUAUUAGGUAUAAAUUUUGUUGUUGUGUGUAUCGAUUAAUUAUAAUUAUUUUAAAUAUUUACCAUCACAAAUUUUAUUAUUAUUAUUAUUAUUAUUAUUAUUAUUAUUAUUAUUAUUAUUAUUAUAGUAUCAUUAGUAGUGGUAACAGUAGUAAUAGUAGUAAUAGAAGUAGUAGUAGUAGUAGUAGUAGUAUUAUUUUAACAUUAUUUUUAAUAUUAUCACCAUUAUUAUUAUAAUUAUAAUUAUUAUUAUUAUUAUUAUUAUUAUUAUUAUUAUUACGAUUAGGAUUAAAAUUAUUAUUAGCGCAGCUUUGAUGAAAAAAAAAAAUUAAUUAAACAUGUAUAUUAUACUACACGUUUCAUUUUUCGUUCCGAUCGAGAAGUCCUAUAGAAUGUUGAAAUAAAAUUAUAUAAAAACCUGCACGAUAAUCGAAAAAGUUAAAUAAUAAUAUAUAGUAACAAUAAUAAUAAUAAUAUUAAUAUUAAAGUAAAUAAAUCGUGCUCCAAUAAUUUAUGCAUUUCUUCUUCCCAUAGCUCAGAAAUAGAUGAAAGAUAAAGGAAAAAAAAAAUUAAAGGAUCAAAUGAAAAGAAAAAAGGGAAAGAGACAGAGAGAGAAAGAGAGAGAGAGAGAGACAAAGGAAAGAGAUACAAUGUAUAGUCAGAUGAACCAUUUAUAUAAUAUGUGAAACUUCUCGAUUGGAGUAUGAUAAAAAAUAGAUAGACUUAUAAUUUCUCAAAGGAUUGGAACUUUGUGGGGCUGUUCCUAGUACCUGAUUAUCCUAUCCUUGCGGCACGAGUGUUCCGUCGUAAUUUUAAUGCUAAAGAUAUAAAUACGUACGUACAUACAUAAAAGAAGACAAAAAAGAGAAAGAAACAUACGCAUACUUGUAAUAUCCGCCAUGUUCUCCGUUUUCUCUCGCCUCUCGCAAGCGCCGAGUAAUUCCUUCGUCCAGUUUCGUUGAAACGCGAUUGCUAUAAAAAUAUAUAUAUAUACAUACAUAUACAUAUAUAUAUACAUUAUAAAUAUAUACACAUAAAUAUUUAUAUGUGUGUGUAUAUAUAUAUAAUACAAAGUGUUGUUUUUUAUUGCUGCAUACCUUGACUGCCUAGAACUUAAGUACUUCUCUGUACACGAGGUAGAUACAAGUACAAGAUAUUUGUACGACUGCAUCUAGGGACUGUAUCCUUUAUCCUUUUUUUUUUACGACAACGACGACGAUCGUUUAUAAAAAAUAAAAUGAAAAAAAAUAACAAAGAAAAAGAAAAUAGGGGGGAGGGGGAUAUAGAACAUUAAUAGAGAAAAAAAUAAAAAAGUGCAACGAAAGGUGCUGCUCCUCGUCAAUCUUGGGAAGUAUACAAUUUCUUACGCACUUUGUACGCUGGUUAAUGAAGAAUCCAUUGUUAUCGCUGUAGAAAAAAAUCGCAUCGUGUAUCGUAAAUAAGGCUGAAUGGGCACACAUUGGGGAUAAUAUAUAUUAUUAAUUAUUAAUUAUUAUUAUUAUUAUUAUUAAUAUUAUUAUAUUCAGUAAUGUGUAUUGUAAUACGUAAUUGUGAAUAAUCCAAUUGCGAUCGGUGAGAUUGAUCCCUCUUUCAUCGUUUAUCCGCUUUUAUCGCUACGAUAGAGAAUUUUAUCGUUGUUGUUUGUACGCGAAACGUACGAUGAAAGAAGACAUCUAAUUUUAUCCAAGAAGACUCGAGAGACUCGUUGUGUUUCGAUAUAAUCGAUGAUUGCAAAUUGUCAUGUAAAAUAGAAUGAAUGUAUGUAUGUGUGUACAUAUGUACAUACAUGAAUCGUACUAUAUGUACUAUACGAACGUUUUAAUGUAAUUAGAAUUAUUUCUCUUUUUAAUUUUUAAUUUUUAAUUUUUAUUUCUACGAUAAUUAACAUAUUGAUUUACACUCGAUAUGUAAAACUUUUUAAUUAUUAUCCUAUACACACGUUUAUAUGUAUUACGCACAAUCAAACAAACAAAUUUUGUCUCAUUUCUUUCUAUAUCUAUAUAUGUAUGCAUGUAUGUACAGACAGAUAAAAACAUAUAGAUAUAUGCGUUUUCAGAUUAAAUUAACGUGACAAUUUCUCUCGAAUUAUAUCGAAAGUAUAUUACUGAUUUUAUCCUGAUAGAAGAAAAUUAAUAUCCCUCUCGUGUCACGCGAACGCUUCCAUUUGACGUUAGAACCUGCAUUAACUAUUGAAAAUAUCACAGACUCUCACUUAUGUCGAUACGAGAUAAUAUUGUAUGCUCGUUUGUUAAAAAAGAUUUUUCGUAUGAAAGUUUUGCCGAUUUGAUUAUGUUCAGACAUUCGCUACUUAAUCGAGAAUAAAGGAUGCUGGCAUUUUAUAAUGUUAUUCAUCAUUCGAUCGAUAAAACAAAUAUUAAGAAUGAUUACAAUGAUAACGAUAACGAUCUGAAAAUUGGAAUUACGAGACGGGACAAAAAUAGCACCGUCCCGUUCAAGGUAGACAUACAGAUAUGUAUAUAUAUAUAUAUAUAUAUAUAUAUAUAUAUAUAUAUAUAUAUAUAUUACACAGUUUGUAAUUCGUUGGAUGAGAGAAUGUUUCCUCGAUCCUUUUUCUAGGGGUUGAAGGUAAGGGAUGAGAGACGUGAAAGCGUUCCUUUCGCGAAUAAAACGUACGUAUACGAGCCUGCUUAAGUGAUUGCUUCUCUUCAUUAGAGCUUGCCUCGUUUCUCGUACGGUCGAACUUGAGGGACAGGUGCGGUAAUGGCCCGUAUCGGAGCUUACUACCCCUAACCCCACUUGCAAUGUGUUCGAGAAAGAGAUAGCUGGCUAGCUAGCUGGACCGAGAGAGAGAGAGAGAGAUAUCGAAUGUACGGUAAACGCAGUCAGUUUAACGUCUACGAGCACCCUCUAUAACCCCCAACCCUCUAGACUAUUACGCGAAUUGAUUCGGCAUCGGAUCCGUUCAAGGCUGGAACACCGUUUAGCUCCUCGUUUCUCCCACUCUCUCUCUCUCUCUCUCUCUCUCUCUCUCUCUCUCUCUCUCUGCUACUUCUCCACCCCUUCCUUUCUUCUUCCUCUACUUCCAUCCGUUCCUGUUAACCCCUACUAACUAAAUUCCUACUGGAAUUCCGCUUGGAUGAUCACCCUGGAAAAUAAAGUUUACGAGUUUCACGCUUUGCGCGAUGUGUUACAUUUGGAAUUUGCUCAAAAGGGUGUACUUACUUGCAGUAAAGGUAAAUCGAUAAUAAGAAAACGAUUUACCUUUUGCUAUCUUCUUCUUCUUCUUUUUCUUCUUCUUCAUCUUCUUCUUUUUCGAAUACAACAUAGCUCGUUCGUUUCUUUGUAAAAGAAAGAAAGAAAAAGAAGAAGGAAAUCAAUCGUCGUUGCUUCACAGUAGAAGAAAACGUGAUGGAGGAGAAGAAUGCGAAAGGGAUGUUAGAAAGAUUUGGAAAUAAUUCAGACGGCUAUGCUGGCCUUGUUCCGCCUCUAGAGUGGCGAUAGUAGUGGUGGUGGUGGUGGUAGUGGUGGAGGUGGUGGAGGUGAUGGUGGUGGUAGUGGUGGAGGUGAUGGUGGUGGUGGUGGUGGUGGUGGUAGUGGCUCGCUCGUGGCACCCCUGCAUGCCCGCCCCUUAAUCUAAUCCAAGGAUAAUCUAAAAUUCAUGACACACAUAACUGCCAGGCGAUGAUAUAUCUGGCGGGGGUGUAAAGGCCCCGUUUUCCACCACCGAUCUACUACCACCUUCGUGCACAACCAUCGACUCUUCUACCCCGAUCCUUUCCUUCUCCCCAUACUCCCACCAUCCACGAUAUUUCCCACUACCAUUCUUCCUCGUUCUCUAACACCGGUACUCCUUCGCUAGCUGCAAUCACUGACAUUAUUAUUUAAUGUAACACGAGCUUGGAUGAGUUCACUCACCAGCUAACAUCCUAUCUCAAUGGCACAUCUCGUGGAACUCGUUUGCUUCUCAAUUCGUUUUCACCUCUUAAGUUCGAAUAAUAUUUCUUCGUUUCGUUUCUCUUUAAUGUUUUCGAUUGGGAUAAAUGUUACGAAAUCGUUAUUGGCCACUAUGUAAUAAUUUCUGACUUAAUCUUUUCUCCAAAGUUUAAGAUUAACUUAUCAUUAUUAUUUUAAAGUUGUUUUAUUUUCUUUUGGGUUUGAAUUAGGACUUUGAGGGAUCGAUUAAAUACGAUGAUUGUAUCGAAUAAAUCUGUCUUAUGUGUAUUGAUAUUAAAUGUUAUAUAAAUUUUUAUGAAAAUUAGACGAUCGCGUUAAUUAUUAUAUAGUGGCCAACGAUUGUAUCCUUUAUUCUAUAUACGUCUUCGUGAUUGAAAUUAUGAUACUAUCGGCUAACAUCAUUAAUUGUUAUUAGAAAAUAAAAAAUAAUUAUUUUGCUUAAUACACAUUUUUGAAAAAGAAAAAAAAGUUUCAUUACCAUUUCAUUUUGUUUGGAAUAUAAUUUUGUCUUGUACUGUCAGCAUCCGUUAUCAUAAAUUUACAGUUACGAUAUAACAGAAAUCUAUCUUUUUCUAAUCGAGAUUCGUAGCGAUGAUUCUCCUAAUUCAUUUUAUUCCCUGCCGACAAUAGUAUUUACAUUUUCUUUCUCUAUCUCGAAAGCGUAUCGACAUUACAGAACGAUCGUAUUCCACGAUUUGUACAACUCGUUUGGAGUACAAAACCAAAUCGAUGUUCAUUACACGUUUGUAUGUAUCUAAUACGUAUGCUACAUUCUAUCUGUAUGUGCUCGGUUAACCGAUUGAUUAUCUUGUAAAUUAUCUGCUUCGAUAUACGUCAAUCGAACAAAUUGUUGAUAAUCUGAAGGUAUUCGUUAUUCGCCAAACGUUUUUUAAACGAAUUGCUCUGAUAUAUCUACAUUCGAAUUAGUUAAUCUAAUAUAUAUAGAUAUAAUCCUCUAAAGGGGGUGUCGACAAAUUUAUGGACAUAUUUUGAACUGUAACUGUAAGAGAGGAGUCAUGUAUAUUUUAAACGAUUUAACAAAGUAAAUAAUUCUAGUCAAAUACUCGAAAGUAUUUGCAUUUAUAAAAAGAAAACAAAAUUGUUUAGAUUGUAUUUUAAAUUUAUAAACGUAUAAAAUAGUUUUGUAAAUUUUUCGACAUCUUUUUUGGACCUUAUGUAUCACAUAUUGGGUAGGCAAAUAAUUAAUGUGAAACUUUCAGUAUUUUAUGUCUAAAUUCGUAUUUAGUAUUUUUUACUGAAAAUUCUGGCAUAGUUUAUUCGCCAACCCAAUACUAUAAACUCUAAUUUUCCGUUCGUACAUCUUAGGAAACAUCACAAAUAUAUAAUACAUAAUAUCAAAUCGAUUUAAAACAUCGUUAACUCGAUGAGAUAUAACAAGAGAGUUGCGGACAAAAAGACGACCACCAAACAAACCGCGAAGUCCCUUCUUCUUUCGACCCCUCCUUUCGUCGUUCACCAAUUGUUCUUGCUAUGGCGCUAGUUGUCCGUUCCGAACGAAGGGUAUAAUAAUUGAUGAUGUUGCCCGUUUCUAGCGAGACAUUAUUUCGCAGUUAGAUAGUCGACACCACGAGAUGAAUAGCAUUUUAACUCCCCCACGUUUUAUUAUCUAUUACUAUCAUUUUUGCGUUCUAAUUUCUUUUCUAACUGUAGUGCAUUUCAAUGAUUCGAACGAUUCGUUCGAUAAAUCGUUAGAAAGUUUAAGAGAAAUAAGGAAAGAAAUAAAAAGAAGAAAGAGAGGAAAGUCCUUUUCUCGAAGGACAAGAGACGAAGAGAGGGUGAAUUUGGUCGUUCGAGUCACGCCAGGGCCGACCCCUUGGCGGCGGACAAACGACGGCCAAUUUACGAGUAACGGGAGGCAAAAAAACUUCUUAAAACUCGGAUUAGAAUAAGCGAGAUAUCGCGCUCGCUUAUCUCUUCUCCCUCUCUUACUUCCUCAUCAACCUACCCUCUUCGCCUACUCUUCUCCCUCUUUUUACGACGGUCUUCUCACUUUUUCUUCAGCAAACCCUUGGAAUUAUCCUCGAGUUCCUCUCUCCGACUUCCUUUUCUCUUUCCUCUUUUUUAUUUUAUUUUAUUUUAUUUUACUCGCUGUGUUCUCCAGCGAGAAAUCGUAAAAAGGGAGUUGAUGAAGGGAAAGAAACGAGGAGGAGAAAAGGAGUGUGAGAAAGGCCAGUCUUGUCCUUUGUUUCCUCCCUUCUUCCACAAGCUCCUCUCGCUUGCUGCUCGUCCGUGGGGAUUUUGUAAUUGGUGACGAUUCAACGCGAUCAUUCGAGAGCGCGUACGUAAGUUAAAAAUUAAGUCGGCUAUUCUAAUUAAAAUUAAGCUUAGGCGAUUAUGUGAACUAGAGAAUUCCUUGUUUGGUUUUCUCUAGAUCCAUACAACGGACAUAUUAUAUUUUGAAUGCGUAUCAUAGAAAUUAUAUCGACUUUGAUAUUCGUAUUAAUAUCUGAAUUAUUUAUAAUUUCGAAUUUGCACCGAUGUACAAAUUUUUUAAUCGAACUAUACUAUUAGAAUCGAUAAGAAUAACUUCAUUUGAUAUUAACGUUAAAUAAAACAGAAAUUAUAUUUUUAAUACCUAGAAAGAAUCGAGUGUUUCUACAUAAUCAUAUUUAGUUUUUGUCAUGAUAAAAUUAACAAAUUUACUAUUGAUAUACACCCCCUCCGCCCACCGUUCUGUUCCUUCAUCAUUUAACAAAUUUCCGCUUAAUAGUUUGAAUACCUUGAAAGACUAGCGCCAUUUAUCAAGUAACCUUUUUUUUUUCGUCAAAACGUAACGAUAGAUAGGAUUUUUUAAGGACACACCCCACUCAAUGUCCCGGAUAGGGUACACGGUUGAGACGAUAACGGCGCCCUAGGGAGUUAGAGGGUAACGCGAUUACAUAGUUACGCUACUGGCGGGACGGUUCGCCCGUCUUGAUUUAUCCGUGUAGCAUCGCGUUAUUGCAUUAGCGCCCCGACAGCAAUGCUGCUGGCCACCAUCCCCGGAGCUAACACUACCACUACGACUGUAUAACACCAUCGUAACACCACCGCCAACUAUACCACCACCGAUUGGUGUCUGAGGAUAGCGAAAAUGCUCGAGGACGAACUUACUCGUCCAACGUCCACCCACCCACCACCAGUGAAUCAUCCCUAAGAAUUAUGUCUUACGUCCUACUACUCGGACGACCGAUCCAUAAAGACUAUACUGGAUUCGCGUUACGACUUUCGAUCGUUUACUAUAUAUCUCUCUCAUCGCUAUUAGAAACAUAAAUGAGAAUAAUAUUAAAGUUAAAAGAUUCUAAUUGUAAACGAAAAAAAAAAUUCGUGACAUAAAAUAUUGUAUGAUUCUGAUUGAACAGUAUUAAUACUUGACCAAACAAAAUUGUUUAUAUGUACGUAUAGUCGUCAUCUUAAGACUUAUUGCACGAUUUAUCUAGAAUCAAUUUCUUUUUCUUUUUUUUUCUUCGAUACAAAACUUAUCUAUUUUCUUAUGAAGAUAUUUUGAAAUUCUGAUUGUUAUCUAUUAAUCUAUUUGAAUGGAACUUUUUUUUCCGUAUUCACUGGGGCACUUAACAUUUCGAGUACAUUACGUAAUCGUACUAAAUUAUAAAUAAAGAUAAUAAUUAAUUACUGUAAGAAACUUUUUUCAUUUCAUUUUAAUACGAUAAUAUGUAUAAAAAAGCAAUAGAAAGUUUCUAAUUUUAUAAAAAAAACAUUAAAUCUCGAGAGAUGUAUACCGAUGUGAUUUAUUCACUGAUAUAAAGAUUAUUUUUAAAUAGUACUCAAAUGUCAAUUUGCCUGUGCACGAGAAAAAAAUCAAAAUUAUAAGAUAUAAAAUCUUUAUGUAAAUAAAGGAUUAUGAUUUAUUAAGAUAAAAAAGAUUGAUAUCGAUCUUGUUAUUCUGAUAUUGUGGAAUAAAGCAUUACAAUUCGUUAAAAUUAUA